CAUGGUGGUUAGUGCCAUAUCAUUCGAGUUCGACCAGGCCACUUUCUAGCAUGGACUGCUUUCGUGACCCCACUUGAAGUAAGUCGCCAGUCGUUAUCAAAGAAGUGAAUUUUAAUAAAGGCAGUCUUUUUACAUUUUACAUGAGCCGCCCAAGCUGCGUCUCCUGACGGCAACAAGCACGUGGUCCAUGUUGGGAACCUUGGUCCUCUUGCCGGAGUGCAUUGGCAUUGGAAUUUUAUUCCGGUUCAAUAGAGUUCUGCAGGUCGUUCCGUCAUAUUUCACACUUUCUGUUAUCCCAUUAGUUUUAGGAUUCCAUAAAGCAUGCAUAGGACUUCUCCUGGGCUUGUUCAUGCUGAAUGCGCUAUACCGCGAGCUAGUUGUUUCCAAAACUAUUGAGGAGCAAUUCGCCUUCCGCUCCAUCACCCCAUCAAGCCAAGCGCCAACCGGGAGCAGUCAUGCAAACACGUUACGCAUCUGUUUGUUAGGCGGGGACUUCAGUGGUAGAGAUCUCUUCAUAUCUUUGGUGAACCUUCAAGAAAAGGAUUGGACCAAGGACGAUCUCAAGGUGCCUAUUGGUCAUACCGAAGUUCGCUCGUGGAAGUGCUAUGAGUUACACGGUUCAGUCGGUUCCGCUGAUCAGUCCAUUGAAAUAUGGGACACUCGCGAUCUCUCUCAUCUCUGCGUUAAACUUUUCGAGUCUCACUGGUGGAGUACAUUGCACGGCAUCAUUUUACUAUUCACACCUGCAGAUGAGAAUUCGCUGUAUAGAUUCCACAUGCUACACGAUUGGAAUGCGUUUAGCAUGAAACAUGUACGACUCGUCUCAAUUCAAGGACGGGGUACGUCUUCGACGCCUGAGGAAGAAGUCAUCGAACGCAUGAUGAGGAUGGCAAAUGACAAGGGCUGGACUUACAUAAAAGCGGAUGAUCUCACGACUUCUGCUGAUCUAGUCAGCAUAGCACGAUAG